AUGGAUCGGGCUUCUAAACUGCAGAAGCUGGAGGAUGUGCGACGAAAGGUGCCGGCCAUGUCGAAAUCAGCCAUGGCGGGCUUACUGAAAGAGAUUGAGGCAAGUGGCCUCCCGGAGUUGAAGGGCCGCCGCCAUAUUAAAGAAGCAACAGAGCACACUGUGUGUCAGCACUCUGCAUAUGGCCCCAUGCUGCAAACAGUGACUGUAGAAGGUUUGGAUGGUUGCCCAGUGCAAGUCCUCUUAGCCAAUUUCUUCAGCUUGUUGCAAGCAGUGUGGACUGUGUCCGACAGCUUCCGGGUUUUGGUGCAGAGGAGUACAAGCAGCCGGCAGGCUUCGAAGCUGGUAUAUUACACAGACGAAAUAAACUGUGGCAACCCACUUGCUGCCGAUGCAUCUCGCAAACUAUGGGCGGUCUACAUCAGUUUCAUGGACUUCAAAGCUCAUGCCCUGUCCAAAGAACAAAGCUGGCUACCAAUGACAAUCAUGCGAUCCAAAGCUGUGGCCAACAUGCCUGGUGGGGCGAGCCAACUGGCUGCAAUUGUUCUACGGAGCAUUUUCAGGCAUGACUUCGUGGAUCCGUCCCUGGGUUUCCAGCUCAAGGCACCAGAUGGCACCUUGCACCGCAUGAGGUUCGAGCUCGGUGCCUUCUGCCAAGAUGGGCAGGCACAUAAGAUGCUGUUUUCAGUGAAAGGAGACGGCGGGACGAGAUGCUGUGCAUUGUGCAAUGUCGUGGCGAACGGCUCGGUGGACAACGAGGCCACAGUCAUCAUGAACCAAGCCACGGCAGAAGAUCAGCUGGUGCUCACCACGGAUUCGUCGUUCGCCCAGUCCAUCGUUACAUUGGUGCAGAAAAAAGCGACGUUGUCCAAGGCGAAUUUCGCCGUGUGGGAGCAAGCCUCCGGACUUGUCUGGAAUGAGCAUUGUCUCAUUUAUCAGCCAGACCUCUGCAACCUGGUCAAGCCCGUGUCUCAAUGGAAUCGAGUUAUGUGGCUGGUCCUGACACAGGUGGAGCAGCAACUGGGACGGGACGUGUACCAUACGUGCUGUGAGUACAUGAAAAGCUGGGUCUUGCCGAAAGCACGAUCUGAGAAUCUUCCUUCGCUUUUCGCACCGAAGCGAAAGCAGGGAAACAAAGAUGCCAACACUUUCAAGUGCACUGCUUCCGAAGGCCUGUCAGUUAUGAUUCCUUUUCUGUUUUUUUUGCUGCAAGUCAUCGGGCCAUUGGGGAUCUGCAAGGAGCAGAUAGCUGCUUAUGCUUGCUUGGUGGAUGUCUUGGAGUUGCUUCAGGCCACAGCCUUGGGAACGAUCACCCCGACCAUGCUUGCAACAGCUAUUACAGCUUUCCUGGAAGCAUGUCAGACUGCAGACUGGAGGGAGGACUUCCACCCGAAGUUCCAUUGGAUCAUCCACAUGCCUCGGCAAUUAGCCCGCUGGGGCUUUUUACCCAGCUGCUUCGUCCAAGAACGUAAACACAAAGUCGCCAAAAGGUACGGAGGUCGGAUUUUCAAUACACAAGGCUUUGAAAAGACGGUGAUGCUGGACCUGCUGGGCCACAACAUUGCAGACCUUCAAGAACCCGACCUUUUUGGAACAGCUGGCAAGCUAGUGCAGAAGUGCAAGGCCCCCAACAAGAUGGUUCAGUUUAUCACUGAAUGCAUGGGGUACCAGGCCGAGGAAAUCUUCACUUGUUCUUCAGUUCAGCUGGAGCCUGCAGGCCAUUGUCAUCGAGGCGACUUGGUGCUCAUGCGGCACGGAAUGCAGAUUGCCGAAGUUUGGUUUCAUUGCUCCUUCGAUGGGGAGUUGUUUUCUUUGGUCUCCUUUCUUGAGACGUUGAAGAAGGACCAGCAUAGCUGCACCUGCAAGAAGUCUGAACAGACAAUGGUGGUGAGCACGGCCGAGAUCAAAAGCUCUUUAUCCUACAGCCGCCUCGACGAUGUUUAUAUGCGGGUAGCCAUUCCCCUGCCGCAUCGGUUGGACGCCAGCGAUGGGGAUGACGACAAUCCCGCAGGAUGCAAUAUCAGCGAUGGCAUCAGGGAUUUAAGCGUUUAUGACUUGGAUUGGACGCGCCUGCCACAUUCCCCACUCGGAAGAGAUGGGUAUACAGCAAUACCAGAUCUACCGCAGUGGUGUACGGGUGAACUUUGUGUAGAUGGUUCUGGGGCGUUGUGUGGGUUUGGGCCGCGUGACGUCCAGCCAACCGUCCACAAGGUCCUAGCCACCAAGCUAGGAGGAGAGCACGAAACCACAGUGCCCAAUAGUGUUGCAGUCCCAGCAACCGCCUUCCGGGAGGGUGGGACCCACAACACACGCCGACGUCUGACGGCAAACCUCCUUUUCCAACUGUUGUUGUGGCUGCUCGUACUUGUCGUCCUUCGCAUAAGCUUGCCUUCACUUUGCACCGGCGUGUUCAGGACACUGCCCUCAGCAGCUACAGGCACUCCAGUACCGUACUGGGUUGAGGAGGAGCCGUGCGUUAGGUUGCUUGGUUUUAGUGGCACAGUACCAGGACCUCCAGUCCAGGAGGAGUCCCAACAACUUUUCGCAGGAAGUGUGCCGCUCAAACUUUUGUGUUUUGCCGCAGUACCGAAAGGCCUUGUGACAGCAGCCUUUUGGAGCGUGCUCGGGUUUAACCUGUUCCGCACUGCGGAAGCAAGUGCAGUUGGUCAACGUGAUCAGCCGGUGAGUGCUUUAUUCAGGCUUGUUUUCUUCCUGCAAGUCAUAGUCAUAGGCGCUGCUAGCCAGGCAGCAGACGAGGAAGAAGACUUGUCUCUCCCUGUGUCGCUUGAUGCAGAUUUGAUGUUGGCAGUAUCCAUCAUUUGCAUUGGCAUUUGCUUCAUUGCAGUGUGGGAGUUCUGCAAGUGGUGCCUUCAAGGCGUCAUCUCCCGCCGAAAGGCAGGGACACCCGUGUUGUCCCUGAGCCCCCGCAAGGCGCGUAAGUUACAGCGCCUUCGAGAUCAAACUGCGCAGGCCAUCCAGGCCGAGAUCUCUGCACGUGAGGAGGCAGCAAGCUCGCAGUCUGUUGCUGCAGUGCCCAGACACCGCCCCUCACAAACAACUCGCACGCGUGAGCAGGCAGGUGGAGCACCAACGCGCUACUUUGCAACACCCGAGGGGACCAAGCUCCACCGCACUAAGACCUGUUCCACGCUCGCCCACUCGCACAGGUUUGUUGAGUUUCAAGUGUGCCAGCAGUGCCACCGGAGUGCUGCCGACCACACCCAGCACAGCACAGGGUAG